CCUUUCCAAAGCUAGGUUGAGGGGGUAGGAAGAGCCCCUGCGCCUCGGGGGCCCGGCUGUGUCAUGGCGGGGCUGCGGACUCCUCGCGCUUGAGUCGCCGGGCCCGUCUCUGGAGACAGAGGCGGGGACAGGGGGUAGCAGGGCCAGGGCCGGAGUGGCGGGCGGGGCCGAGUUGAGGGAAGCCACUCCGGACGCCCCCACCCCGGCGCGCCUCAGUGGUGCCGGCCAAGGGAAGGACUCGCGACUGCGGGGCUCGCGCCGCUGUCAGUGCGGCGGGGUGCGCGAGCAGCGCGGCGCAGGGUGGGCAAAGCAGAGAGAAGCUGAGGGGGCGGUAGCGGCGGCGGCGACUCCCGCGCGUGUGAUCAGUUCCUCACGCUGCGGCCGGGGCCGCCUUCUUCCUCCCUCCCUCGCUCCCUCCCAUCCGCCCCCGAGUGCGGCGGCACCGCCUCCUUCCGCGCCGCGCGGCUUCCUCCAGACCUCUCAGCGCGGGUGAGUGGGGGCCGCGGGCGUCUCCUUAAAGGUGAGCCCUCUUCCCUGAGACAGUUGGUGCUGACCCUGUAACGCAAAAGAGGAAAUUGCUGGCUGAGCUCAGCCUUGGUACUGGUGGCCACCAUGUCCUUGAAGAUCCAGACAAGCAACGUAACCAACAAGAAUGACCCCAAAUCCAUCAACUCUCGGGUUUUCAUUGGAAACCUCAACACAGCUGUGGUGAAGAAGUCUGAUGUGGAGACCAUCUUCUCCAAGUAUGGCCGUGUGGCCGGCUGUUCUGUGCACAAGGGCUAUGCCUUUGUCCAGUAUGCCAAUGAGCGCCAUGCCCGGGCAGCUGUGCUGGGAGAGAAUGGGCGGGUGCUGGCUGGGCAGACCCUGGACAUCAACAUGGCUGGAGAGCCAAAGCCCAACAGACCCAAGGGGCUAAAGAGAGCAGCAUCUGCCAUAUACAGUGGCUACAGCUUUGACUAUGAUUACUACCGGGACGACUUCUACGACAGGCUCUUCGACUAUCGGGGCCGCCUGUCACCAGUGCCAGUGCCCAGGGCAGUCCCUGUGAAGCGACCCCGGGUCACAGUCCCCUUGGUCCGACGUGUCAAAACCACCAUACCUGUCAAGCUCUUUGCCCGUUCCACAGCCAUCACCACCACCGGCUCAGCCAAGAUCAAGUUAAAGAGCAGUGAGCUGCAGACCAUCAAGACAGAGCUGACCCAGAUCAAGUCCAACAUCGAUGCCUUGCUGGGUCGCUUGGAGCAGAUUGCCGAGGAGCAGAAGGCCAAUCCAGAUGGCAAAAAGAAGGGCGAGAGCGGCAGCGGCAGUGGCAGUGGCAUCGGCAUCGGCAGUGGCAGUGGCAGUAGUGGUGGCGGCAGCCGGCCACCGGCCCCCCAAGAGGACACAGCUUCUGAGGCAGGCACGCCCCAGGGAGAAGCACAGGCUCGAGACGACGGUGAUGAGGAGGGGCUGCUAACACACAGCGAGGAAGAGCUGGAGCACAGCCAGGACACAGAUGCGGAGGAUGGGGCCUUGCAGUAAGCAGUCUGACAGGAGCAAUGGCCACCGGCAGGAGAAGGGCGUACACCGUACCAGGCCUCAAGCUGGGCACCCACCCCUGGAUAACCACCCCCAGCGGGUCCCAGAGGAGAGCUGGCAGCAGGCACCACCUCCCUCACGCGUCCCAGCCAGUGCCACAUUCUCUGCAGGUGGAGUUAUCGGCAUCCCCUUCUCAUGUACCCUCCCUCCCUGUUGGCACUGCCCAGGCCAGAGGGCAGAGCACAGAGUUUCCCUAUACUCUUGCCUCCCCUCCCCAGGACACUCCCAGGCUUGGGGUUUUUUCUAUAGGUUUGGAGGGGGGUGGGACCCACAGGGAGGGGACCCUGACAAUAAAGAGAUUGGAUCCCA